UCUGUGGAAAAGAAAAAAAAGAAAAAAUGAAGUACAUACUCGUAAUAUUUUUCAUUAAUUUAUUACCACAGUAUGCUGGGAAAUCUUUGAGAAGAGAUGACAGUUACACAAAAAAGUUUGAAGACAUUAAAAAUGAGAUAGCUGGAUAUACUGAUAUUGCUAAAGCUAUUAUUGAUCUUGCUGUUUAUGGAAAAGCUCAGAACAGAUCCUAUGAAAGAUUAGCGGUUUUUGCUGAUACCAUAGGACCUAGACUUAGCGGUUCGAAAAAUCUAGAUGCAGCCAUCAAGUAUAUGUUCCGUGCCCUGCAGGAGGAUGGGCUGGAAAAUGUGCAUCUGGAGCCUGUGAAAGUACCACACUGGGAAAGAGGAGAAGAGUUGGCAAUGAUGCUGGAACCAAGGAAUCACAGUAUUGCUAUUUUGGGACUUGGGAGCAGUGUUGCAACUCCCCCAGAAGGAAUUACAGCCGAAGUCAUAGUGGUAGCCUCUUUUGAUGAACUGCACAAGAGAGCUCAGGAGGCCAAGGGGAAGAUUGUUGUCUACAAUGAACCUUUCAUCAAUUAUGGUGAAACCGUGCAAUACAGAUCACAGGGAGCAGUGGAAGCUGCUAAAGUUGGAGCAGUUGCAUCCCUCAUUAGAUCCAUUGCUUCUUUUUCUAUUCAUAG